AGCCCAUCAAUGGCCUCUUUCUCUGUCAGGUGAAUCUGCAAGCAUGGCGAUGACCUACCCUCUCUCCCAAACCCUUGACCACACGCCACCUAAUGUGUUAAAAAUCAGGUCAUCUUCAAAAAAUGAUGGAACAAAACCACAUAUCACUCAACUCCAAACCAAGAAGCGUUGCUUGAGGUGCAACACUCUUUAUCUUGACAAAGAUAAUUCCCCAAUUGCCUGCUCUUUCCAUGGCCACACCACAGGGGAGAAGGGGUUAUUUUCUUUGUCUCCUCCUCACCAAGGGAUUGACGGAGAGUGGAGCGACCGCUCCGGAGUGAUAGUGUAUAAAUGGAAUGACAAGAAUAAUAGACCAAAUACUGGAAGUGUCAAUUGGAAGAAAAGAUGGAGUUGCUGUGCUGAGUAUGAUGAAAAUGCCUCACCUUGUAGACGAGGGUGGCAUGUUUCAUAUGAUGAUGGCUUCACUUUGUAUUAGCCCGAAUUGGCUUGUAAGCAAAAUCCAGAAGCACAACAAUUGCAAAUCCUGAAGGAUAUCAAGAAUUAUGUUGUGUAUGUUUCUUUGUUUUUAUGUACCCAUAUGUAAAGCAUCUUGGAUGAAGUGGAAAUGCAAAUGCAAGCAUGUUUCAUAUGA